UCUAAAAUAGAAUGUCUUUUAGAUAUCUUAUAAGUUAAGGCUGUAAGAUGACUUUUAGUCGAACAUAUGUCGUCUAUUAGACAUCUUUUCUUUGACUAUAAGCUCUCACUGAAAGACAUCUUUAUAAAAAAUAUGUCAUCUUUCAGUCACCUUUUAGACAACUUUGUGCUAUCUGGAUCUCUGCGUGUUUGAACGAAUAUUAUCUCACUAUACUCUUGGCGACGAUAUAUGUAAGAAAAAAUGUCGGCGUUAAUUUCUUCGUUGCUGGUCAAAUAAACUUCUCGAAAGACAAUCGCACAAUGUCGUCGCGUGCUUUUUAUUGAUGUAAUAGCGAUUUGUUUUACGACAGUUUUUUAAAAUUAUUGACUCCGUAUCUUACGAUUGUUAGUGGUAAUACUUAAUUUUUUCAUACAACUGGCGUUUGUAACCACGAAUUUAUAUCGAUUAGAAUGUAACUCGUUUUUUAUUGUGCACUAAAGAUGACGACAAAAAAUGGUCGAAAGAUUCGAAAAUUGAAUUAAGAAUAAUUUUGUUUUGCGCACCGAUUUCUGUAUGUAUAAUGUAUAAUUUUUCAUUAUUUUAACAGGCAAUCUCUCUCAAUUCUACAGAAACGCAUUGCAAAAGAAUGGAGAGAUUGUGGAAUUUUUAAAAAACGCAUAAAAACUCCAUUAAUUUACAGAGAGACACAGAUAAUUAAAAUUCAAUAUACGAUUCGAUUUUUAAUAUUAUAUACGCUUUGCCCGAAACAGAGUAUAUCUCUCUAGGUCACUGUUAUUGUUUUGACAGCAACACGGAGGAUUAGUACGUAUUGAAUUCUCGAACGACACGCUUCGUCUCUCGACUCAUCACACGACUUGUUUUAAACUACUUGUGCAGUAAAGUAAAGUUCUGUGGUGUCUUUAAGUUGACUAAUUUUUUCUACUAGAUAUGAGCAUCUUUCUUUUUAACGGGUUCCUCUUAUUGUGCUUUGUCGUGACUACGGUACCGGAUGUUCUGGUGCGGGAUUCAUCGGGAUCCGUGAAAUUUAUGAGCCAUCGUCCGACUUCGACGUGCAGCUACAGCAGAGAUAAUUCGCUAUUGAAAGCGCGAUGCUUAAAAUUGAAAUCGCACGAAAUUCCGUUAGAUUUGAAGGCAGACAUACAGGUGCUGCAUUUAACCUGGAAUCAAGUGACGAAAUUGAAGAACGACAGUCUCCAUCCUUACAAGAACCUGGCCUUCAUCUAUCUAGGUGACAAUUUUAUCAGUGAAAUCGAAGAGGCAGCCUUCGCCCAUCAACCUUAUCUGCAGGUGCUGGAUCUGUCGCAGAACUUUUGCAACACUCUGCCCAAAAGUCUCUUGCAAUUGCCGCAUCUUCACUCGCUCUACCUCGGCCACAACAUGCUCACCGAUUCCGUGUUCAAAGUGAAGAUCACAUCGCCCCUUAGAGUGCUGGAGCUGAACAGGAACUGGCUAACCGUGAUCCCGAACAUAGGCGUCCAGCCGACCCUUCUUAAUCUGAACCUGUCCGACAACGAAAUCACCUCGAUCAGCACCGAGGAUCUGGCGCCUUUCUGCUCGCUGAAGGAGCUCGAUUUGACCAGGAAUAGAAUCAAAUUCAACGCGGGCAGCUGCGAUUGUCAGACGUUCAGCGCAUGGGUAAAGCUACGACAGAUCAAGAUAAAGCCCGACUAUCUCUACGAAUGCACCGAUUCACCGGCACAGCGCAGAGCCUGCGCCAACGUGAGAUUUAGCGAUCGGACGUACGAGCUCUUCAACGAGUGCUCCCCUGUCAAACAGCAGGAGGAGACCGUGAGGUCUCGAUCUGUCUGGAUAUACAUCAUCCCGUGCGCUUUGGUGUUUGUCAUCGUGAGCUUCGUGUCGUUGUUUUGCGCGUACAAGCGGAACCGUAGGUGGCGCAGAAGGAGCAGAAGUAGCAGACGGAGCAGAAGUAGCAGAAGGAGCAACAGCUAAUUGUGAUCUACGACAAGACGGAGCUGCUCUAACUGCAACCUGAUGAUAAUUAGUGAAAUGGUUGCCGAGAGAACGUAAAAUUUUACGCGAGAAAGCGUGAUGAAAGUAUAAGAGUUCAGUCAUAAAUAAUCUGUCAAUUGGACGUCGAAUUAAAGUCCAACGUAUUUUAUUCGAUAUUUCUGGCUUCUGGAUGAUAUUUAAUAACGCUUUUGUUGAUCAUAACGUUCAAGAGGCUAUAUAAUAUAUGUAUCUCACUUUUUCUCAGAAAUUUGUAAUAUGUUUUUCAAAAAAUGGCAAUCGUGCCAGGAGCAGUAUUCGAGCUAUUAUAUAAUCUUACAUUAAUAAUGUUUAUUGAACAUUGCGCGAUCUGUAUUAAUGAUGAUCAGAUGCAAACUUAGGCACAUAUAGGCAUAUUAUAUAGCUUUUUGAACAAAGACGUCAUGAUCAACAAAAGCAUUGUUAAUUAUUAUCCAGAAGCUGGAGAUAUCGAAUAAAAUACGUUGGACUUUUUAUGGUACUUAAUGUUGUACAUUACUUUAAACUUUGAAUGGAUAGUGAUGGAUUCAAGACAAGACAAGACAAGAGAAGAAUCGGAUAUACUUGUCUUGUCUUGAUUUUUGUCAAUCAAAAUGUAUUGAUCUCGACAGUCAAUUUCUUGUCUUGAUUUUUGAUUCUUGCAAGAUUCUUGCAAGAUUCUUGAUACUUUAAUAAUAUCUAUAUAUAUUUAUUUAGA